AUGACUUCAACAACAAAUUUUGAUAAAGUUUUCACAACUUUAUCAUCACAAAUAUCAUCAGCUUCAAAAAUCCUAGCCACAGCAAGUGCCAAAAAUAUUGUAUAUCCAGAAUCAAAAACUUUAGCAGGUUUACAAGCUUCUUAUGCUUAUUAUUCAAAUCAAGAAAUUAUAGCAACAGCUACCCAAUCUCAAGUUAUUCAAUCUGCAAGUUCAAUAGCUGCUCAAGCUUCAGGUACAUUACAAGAAAUUUAUGAAAGUAAUAAUUUAUAUGGUGGUAUGACACCAAGUAAAGGUGGUAAUUUAGCAUUAGCUAUAAUAAUGGGUAUUUUCUUUGUUGUUCAUUCAGGUUUAGGACUUUGGUUUAAACAAUGGUGGUUUGGUACUGCAUUUUUUUGUGGUUGUGGAUUAGAAAUGGCUGGAUAUAUUGGUAGAACUUUAUCAAAUGAUAAUUAUACUAUAUUAAAUUAUUUUCUUGUUCAAAUUAUUUGUUUAACCAUAGCACCUGCUUUUAUAAUGGGUGGUAUUUAUAUCCUUUUAACAAAAUUUAUAAUGAUUUAUGGUAUAAAAUUUGCCCUUGUUAAACCUAUUAUGCUUUAUUCAUAUAUUUUUAUAUUUUGUGAUGUUGUUUCUUUAGUUAUUCAAGCUGCUGGUGGUGGUAUUGCAGCUGUUUCCCUUGUAGAAAAUGAAUCAAGUUUAAGUGGGACUCAUGUUAUGGUUGCAGGUUUAGCUUUUCAAGUUUUCUCAAUGUCAAUUUAUAUUUUCCUUUAUUUACAUUAUUUUUACAAGAUUAAAUUUUUCAAUAAAAGGGAACAUUUAAAACUUGAAUCAGAAUUUAAUCCUAAGUAUGCAGAAUUAAGAUCCAAGAGAAUUUUCCAAAUUUUCCCAUUUGUUGUAUUUUUAGCUGUUAUUUUCGUUUAUGUUCGUUGUAUUUAUAGAGUUGUUGAAUUAGCAGAAGGUUGGGAUGGAUUUUUAAUUACUCAUGAAGUUUAUUUCAUGAUUUUAGAUGCAUUAAUGAUGGGAUUAGCAAUUAUAAUUUUAAUUUUUUUCCAUCCAGGUUUUGUAUUUGGUAGAAAUACAAAAAUUCCUGUUAAAGGUCUUGCAAAUUAUAAUAAAUCAAAAGAUCAAGAAGAACAAGCUAUUGUUUCAAGUCAAGGUGAUGAAAGAUUUAAUAAAAAUGAUGAACUUGAAAAUGAAAAUUAUAGUAAUGAUGAUUCAAAUGAUGUUCAUGAUCAUGAAACAAAGGGUGUUCAAGAACCUGAUUAUUAUCAUGAAGCUACAGAUGGAAAUGUUCAAGAAUCAAAUGGAUAUGUUGAUACAAGACCUAAUGUUGCAAAUUAA